UGCGCGCGGACUCCGAGGCGUAGGUGGGCGGGGCCUGUCGUCCUGACAACCUGGGAGCGUUUGUCCCAUACAUCAGAGCUGCGACUUUGCUGAGUAUAAAGGUCAAGCUUUUGCCUCCUCAUGGGUCCCAAAGCAAAAAAGUCUGACAAUAAGCCAAAGAAAGCUACUAAAGCCGAACUACUGAAGCAGCUACAAGAAGAGGAAAAUAAACGGCUGAAAGAGGAAGAGGAGGCCCGUGUGAAAUUGGAGAAGGAAGAAAUCCAAAGGCUUGAAGAACAGCGGCUUCAGAAGCGAAAAUGGCAACAGCUUGAAAAAAAAGAUCUACAAAGGAGACCUGAGGAACUCCAGGAACUUUAUUCAUUAGAGGAAUGUUUUCCUGAAGCAGAGAGAUUGAAGCAAGAUAUUAGAUCACUUUCUCAGUGGAAACACUAUAUUCAGUGUGACGGGAGUCCUGACCCUUCCACACCCCAAGAGAUGAAUACUUUCAUUAGCUUGUGGAAAGAAGAAACAAACGAGACCUUUGAGUCAGUGAUGAAGAAGAGUAAACUUGUGCUCCAGUUAAUUGAGAAAUUGAAAUUAAUGUUAUUGGAAACUCCAUCAUAUAACUUGCAAGAGAAAAACAUAACAGAGUAUGAAGGAUCAAUUUUACAGCUUCAGGAGCUCCUUCAACUUAAAUUUAACAUAGCCACGGAAAUACUGCUCAGACAAGCUAGUUCUUUCGCAGAUCUGGACACUGGAAAUAUGGAAAAAAUCAUUCAAGGUGAAAAUAUUACGCUGUAUGUGUGGGCAAACCUCAAGAAGAACCCAAGGUGCAGAAGUGUGAGAUUCUCUCACACACAGAUCGGAUUUGAAAUUCCAAAGGUAUUAGCAACAAGCAGCAUUGCCCUCCGGCUCCUGCACACUCACUAUGAUCAUGUAACUCCUCGGGACGCGGUGCCAGCACCCGCAGUGCCCACAGUGCCUGCAAUACGCGCAGUAUCCACAGUGCCUGCAGUGUCCGCAGCAUCCGCAGCAUCCACAGUACCAGGCACCCCCGCGGGGAUGGAGCUCUUCAGGACGGGGGCAAGGAGCCCAGAAACAGUCGGCCAGGAGGACCAGGAAGACGGCAGACCAUCAGAGAGAGGGUCUGUCUUCAUUCAGGAGGGAGAAAUAAAAGCCGAAGAACAAAGCAAUACUGAAGUGCAAAUGACUUCUGCCACGGAAGAAUCGAAAGUCACAGAAGGUGAACUGGAGAUGAAAUUAUUAAGCGAAUCAGUUGCACAAGCCCAGUUGGACCUGAUAAAGAAUGUUCCUGAAAAGCCAGAAACCCCUGAAUAUAAGGAGGUGGAUUUAUGCCACUUUAUGAUCCUGGGUGGCGUGUACCACUUGGAUAUUUUGGAGCUCCCCCCACAGUGUAAACCUGUGAAAGGCUGGAUAAUGGUAGAGAUACUCAAAGAAGGAUUACAGAAAUUUACAUAUCCUCCGGAAAUCACAGAUGAUUUGGAAGCAGAAAAUGCUUUUCCACCCAUAGAAGUCACCCUCCAGGUCCAGGAGAAAGUGACCUUUUUUGAGGAACCUUUGGUUGCAAGGUGGGAUACUGAAGGUAAAUAUUGGCGAACUGAUGGCAUUAGUGAGGUGUAUUAUAGCCCAGAAGAAAGACUUGUAUCAUUCAGCUUGGAAGUGUUUGGCCCCAUUUCCUUGAUGCAGGACACUCACAUUAACAUGCCGUACCAGUCGUGGGAACUAAGACCACUUGAUGUGAAUAAAGCCCUUCUGAUUGUGACGACAGUGUUUACUGAGCUUCAAAUACAAAUUCAGGAAAACCUCUGCAUGUUAGCCUCAGUCAAAGUAAAGGGCAAAGAACACUCAUCCGUGCUGGAAGGGAAGUGGAUGACGCCUAUUCCUUUCAUUAUCGCUUUGAAAGAAACCGGACUGAAUAUCUUCCCCACAGCAUACUCUCAUUUUUAUGUUGUUAUAAACAAUAAGGUUCCCUUGGUGGAAAUGAAAGCUUAUCGGCAGAUGGCCCUGCUGAGUUCUGCUUUUGCAUUUGGGUGGAGCAAAUGGAAUACUCUAUGCAAUUCUACAAAAGUUGUGUUUAAGGUGAGGGAGUGCCUGAGCGAUAAGCACCCUGGGGUUCCUAACUGGGCCCUGUUUAUGUUCAGCGGGGACAGAGCACAGAGGCUCAAGAUCCAGGAAGACAGCGCGUCCUUCUCCGAAGCACUUGGAGAAGACAUGGAGUUUCAUUCCACUUUGUAUCACAUGGUGAAGGACUUUGCUUCCAAGGAAGCCAUGGAGAGAACCAGGAGUUCCAGCUGCCAGUUCAUUGACUCGGUUUGCUACAUGCUCCUGUCCACCAGGGUGCUCAGCUAUUCUUAAUCCCCACUCACAAACUCAUCUUGGUGGGAAAGCCUGUAUUCCUCCGUGUAAUGCGGGAAUGUAUUUCAGAUUAUUAAAAUGAUCAAACAGCA